AUGACCGUAGUCAGUGUGGCAGGUGCGUCCACGGGUUGGGCGGGUACCCUUAUCUGCGUCUCCUCGUCAACACUGGCGAUGAAGGUGAGAGUGAGCUCUCGAUUCUCUAGCGUCUUGAGUAAAGUGCUUGAGCCUAACAAGACUUCACUCUCCAAAUCUUUGAAACAGCUACCACGUCUCUAUUUCUCCAACACUCCCAUCAUUCAAGACUACAUACCAUCAUCGUCAUCGCCAUCAUCAUCCUCAUCCUCAACAAUGACAGCCUCACCCUCUGCAAUGCAAACCCGCGCCGAGAACGCCGAAGCGCGCGAGCGCUACCUCAAAACUAACCUCAUCCGCUCUCAGAAAGAGCUCGCGCAAGCGAACAAGAAGAACGAAGACCUCGCGGCAAAGCUGGAAGCGGCGGAGGAAAAGCUUGCAGAAUACAAGCAAGCUGAGACCGACCGCGAGAACGAGCGCAAGAAGGUUGAAGACGACGAGAAGGCGGCGCACGAUGCUGGAGUUGCUCGGUGGAGGGAUGCGGCGGCGUCUGGGGCGAGUUUGAGCGAACAAGCGCAAGCAUACUAUCGUGAUAUGGAUAUGCCUCCCGAAUUGAGCUUACAGGAACAAGCGGCGCUAUGGAUAGCCAAGCUCGAGCAGGAGUCGAAGAGUUGA